GGGGGGCGGCUUCUCGCCGCUCCUGGGGGCUCCUCGGCGUUCAUAGGGGCUCCCCGGGGCCGGCCGCUUACCGCCCGGCGGCGGAGAGGCGUGAGGCGGCGGGUCCUCACGCAAGGCCUUGUUUGGGGGGGAGGCGGUAUUAAGACCUGUGGUGCCGCCCGCUCCGCGUUCGCCGUUGUAAGCCGCCCCCCGCCCUCCAUGUUCCUCGGUUCUCUGAUCCUUUCCUCCUAACUUUCCUCCCCGUCUUAUUCUCAAAGUGCUGUUCUCCCCCGUCUCCUAUUACCAGCACCCCCCAUGAUCUUCCCUCAACUUCCCUCCAUCAGGCUCCUCAGCAACACUGGAUUACCACCUUCCUGAAAAAUGUUUUCCUGGUUCUUAAACUUGGUAUCCGCCCCCUCCCUACCCUGUUCAUAGAAACUUAGCCUGUCCUUUCUCCUUGCCUUUCAUCUGCCAGGUUGUAAACCCUGAGCCGCUUUUCUGGCGGCUGUAUCACUUCUGAAAUCCCAUCGGCUGCAGAGAAGUCUCCCACCUUCACCAGUUGACCCCGUUCCCAGGCUGCGCUGCAGAGCUGUGCUGUCCUUUGACACCUGACAGGAGUUGUUCUGCCCAACACUUGACACAGCGCCGAUUUCCUCUUUCACCUUUAUCCUUUUUGAUCUCAGACUUUGGUUCAACUCUGUGAUGUCUUCCCCUGAAAUUGCUUCCCUUUCUUGGGGUCAGAUGAAGGUGAAAGGCUGCUCUACAAUGUAUAAGGACUGUAAAGUAUGGCCAGGAGGAAGCCGAACCUGGGAUUGGCGAGAAACUGGGACUAAUCAUUCUCCAGGAGUGCAGCCAGCUGACCUUGAAGAAGUUGUCAAGAAGGGUGUUAAAACAGUGGUGAUUGGUCGUGGCAUGAGCGAGGCUUUGCAGGUUCCACCAUCUACCGUGGACUAUCUGAAGAAAAACGGGAUCGAUGUGUUGGUCUUGCAAACCGAGAAGGCUGUGGAAGAGUACAACACCCUGGCUGCUCGGGGUGUCAGAGUGGGGGGAGUCUUCCACUCGACCUGCUGAAGCGUGACGGCUCCUUCCGCCUUCCCCGACCGCAGCCAAAUCGCGGGCACACCUCUCCGCUGAAUCGAGUUACAGUCAACAGAGCGUGGGCUGGCGUGCCACCGCAUUCAUGCGCCGACAACGUGAAAUGCAAGGGCAGUUCAUUAGUUAAGGAUUGAAACAAAUCGAGUGCUCGCAAAAAGGGGGCCGUUAAUGAAAUGAUUUAAUUACAGAACCACUUCCAUACAUUUCUGAGGUGGAUCUAAUCUUCCUCUGAAGACUGUCCAUAUUCUGGUUACUUAACUUCUCGCCUGUUGGCUAUGUUAGAUACUUUAUUAAGCUAUUCUGAAUGCUUUUAUUAGGAAAUGGUCUGAAAUUACAUUAUUGGCUAUUGGAAUGCAGCCAUAAGAUAGCUGAUGAGUACAAUCAAGUGGUAGAUAUGAAGCAGUGGUAAAGCAGCACUUUACCAUCACUGUAUAAGUUAAAUUAAAAGGCGAACCCAGAACAUA